AAUGUGAGAUAGAAAGGCUGAGCAAUAAAAAGAUGGAUUAAAAAAAUUAAGGGACAACACACUGAGGAAGAAUGUAAGCUGACCUUGAAGAAAAGCUUCAUUAUUUGACAUGGGAAUAGAGAGUUUUAUUUAUUUAUUUAUUUACUUACUUAGUUACUUACUUACUUACUUACUAUAAACAAAAAUUUGGCUGCCUUCUUUUCAUUGGCUAUGAUUUUGAAAAGACCAGGAUUUAUGGAAAGAAAAAUGUUCAUAACUGGUUUUAAGGAUUCAGCCAGGGGGUUCUUUUAGUUUGAAGAGGACCAUCCUUAACCUGCACCUGCAAAAACAUUGCUCAAACUUGUUAUUACAUGAGUACAGCUGUGUUCUGUUGUUCUGGUUUUUUUUUUUAUUCUCUUUUUUUUUUUUGACCAAGGCCUCAAGGCUGAUUACGAAUCAUUGAUAGAACUCCAUCCACUUUUGGUUGAACAACCUAAUGACCAUUAUAAAGAACAACAAGAAAAAGUACAACCACCCAAAUUACCAAACAUACACAUUCACUGUGUCUUCUUUUAAUAAACUCUGAUCUUUUACUAGGGUGUAUGGAGAUGUUGUUCAUCAAUUAAAUAUGACCUUGUAUCUUUUUUUUUUUUAAUUAAAAACUGGAACAAAAUGUCUUUGAUGUGUGGAACUUAUUAUAACCGAAUGCUUAUAAACAUUCUAAGAAUUCUGUGCUGGUAUUCUGAAUUCCAGUCAUGCCUGGAGGCGCGCGCGCGUGUGUGUGGCAACGUGGAAAGGGAGGAACCUGUUCCUAAACUAUAUAUUCCUAUAUAUCAUAGGCGAUGAGCUAUCUAGAGUGUAUCAGUGCGUAGAGAUCAGAUCUCCAAAGGAUCGGUGCAGACUGAUAUUUCAGUUUCGACGCGAAUCCUUUUAACCCUGUUCCUCUUAUCUCUACAAGCGCUAUUCCGCAAUACUCCUCUACGACCCAACCUCUAGGUAAACAAUAGAGCUCCAUACAGAAAGCUUAUUUGUGUAAACGAACAGUUAGUUUCACCGCGAUAAUCAAUGUUUCCCACGCUGAUCCCACUCAAGUGCCCCGGGUCGAACCUGUAACCUUUAUAUGCGUGUAUCCCGACAGCAUGCUUCACCAUUUAUUACGCGCGAGGAGUUAACGAGUAAUCCAAGAGUUAAUCUUCUCCCACGGUGCUAAAAAAAAAAUCAACAAAGAAAGCGUGAUAAAAAGUGGAGAAGGAUCAUCGGUGGCGUGAAGACUACGGACUGAGAGGUCGGUUGAAGAAAAGGAGGGGGAAAAAAACACUGCUUUCUCGCGCUAUGGACUUGUUGAAGUUUGCCAAGAAACUCUGGUACGUCCGUAAGCAGCUGGUUCUCCUCAUCACACCAGGCUUACUGCUUCCGCUGCUCUUCCUUGUGCCAGAAAAGGAGGGUAAAUGUCUAUAUGUGGUGCUCUUGAUGGCAGUAUACUGGUGUACAGAAGCUCUCCCACUUGCUGUUACUGCCCUGCUACCAAUCUGCCUCUUCCCCACCAUGGGUAUUCUACCCUCCAAGAAGGUCUGUCCUCAAUACUUCCUAGAGACAAACUUCCUCUUCCUGAGCGGCCUAGUAAUGGCAACUGCAAUCGAGGAGUGUGGCUUGCACAGACGUAUCGCCCUCAGAGUGCUCAAGAUUGUUGGAGUGAAACCAGCCUGGUUGAUUUUGGGGAUGAUGAUCACGUCCUCUUCCCUGUCCAUGUGGUUAAGUAACUCUGCUACAACAGCCAUGAUGCUGCCCAUUGCUAAUGCCAUUCUGGAAAGCCUGUUUGGAGACCUGGAAUCACUUAAGGAGAGGUGCAAGAUCACAGAUGACCCUGAGGCCCAGUCUGAGGUGAAGCUGCAUGUACUGCUACCUGAAAAACACACUCUGACUGCAGUUGACAGGGCUGACGGAAUAGAGAAGAUAGAGCAGAAGAGUCAGGAGGAGGCCAGGAAAGAGGCAGAAUACCAGUUGAAAGUGUGGAAAGGAUUUCUCAUCUGUAUCCCCUAUGCAGCCAGCAUCGGGGGAACGGCCACUCUCACUGGAACCGCACCCAACCUCAUUUUCAUCGGACAGCUGAAGAGUUAUUUCCCAGAGUGUGACUUGAUCAACUUUGGCUCAUGGUUCAUCUUCGCUUUCCCACUAAUGUUCAUCUUCCUUCUCGUCUCAUGGAUCUGGAUUGCCUUCUUGUAUGGAGGAAUUACCACAAGAUUGUGUAUAAACAAACGCAAUGACCGUGCAGCUGCUGAAGCCAAGGCCAAUGCGGUCAUUGAUGAAGACUACAAAAAGCUGGGACCUAUGACUUUUGCAGAGAAAUCCAUCUCCUUCUUCUUCAUCCUAUUUGCUAUCCUCCUGUUCACCAGAGACCCGAAAUUUGUCAGAGGCUGGUCCGUAUUCUUCAGUAAAGACUAUGUGUCGGAUGCUGUUACCGGAGUCAUCAUCAUCUCCAUCCUUUUCUUUUUCCCUUCCAAGUGUCCAUCGCUGCGUUGGUGGCUGAACACUAGAGCCUCGAACACUCCUUAUGUGCCUCUGUUGUCUUGGAAAAGAGUUCAAGAAUGUGUACCAUGGAACAUUAUCCUUCUGCUGGGUGGAGGCUUUGCAAUGGCUAAAGGCUGUGAGGAAUCUGGUCUGGCCGUGUGGAUCGGAGGACAUUUGCAGCCGUUAGUUAAGGUUCCUCCUCCGGUAGCUGUGAUGCUCAUCACAGCCUUCAUUGCUUGCUUCACGGAGUUUGCCAGUAACACCGCCACCAUCAUCAUCUUCCUUCCGGUCAUUGCUGAACUGGCCAUCCAUGUGAAGGUGAACCCUCUGUACUUUAUGAUUCCAGCAACUGUAGGUUGCUCUUAUGCCUUCAUGCUUCCUGUUUCUACUCCACCCAAUUCCAUCGCAUUUGCCUCUGGACACCUCAUGGUCAAAGACAUGGCAAAAACAGGAGUUAUGAUGAACAUUCUGGGGAUUAUGUGUGUAUCCCUGGCUAUGAACACGUGGGGACUGCAAAUGUUCAACUUAGACACCUACCCGGACUGGGCCAAACCACUAAACUCAACAGAACUUACAGUAUCAGCACUUAACAUUACUGGAUAGACACAUACACACACCAAACACUCAUAAACACACAACAAACACUCAUAUACCCACAAAGUGGGACAAAUUUAUAGCUGCCAAAAUGGG